AUGGCUGCGCAAGCUAGUGAGGAGCUAGAGAAGCUCAAAUUGAACGGCCAGAAUGGCCAUGCUCAAGAACAAGUAAGCGCUGCAGAUGAGGCUGCAGACAACGACGAUUCGGAGGACGAUGAGAAGGAGGAAGAAGGUGGUGCUGAGGGUGCUGCUACUGGAGCGGCAAAGAAAAAGAAGAAGCGCAAGCCCAAGAAAAAGAAGAAGGGCGGUGCUAAAAAGCAAUCCUCCCCCCCUCGUGUCCCCAUCUCAGAACUAUUCCCCAACAAUCAAUACCCCGAAGGUGAAAUCGUCGAGUACAAGGACGAGAACAACUACCGCACCACCAACGAAGAGAAACGAUAUCUCGACCGCAUGAACAACGAUUUCUUGCAGGAAUAUCGCCACGGAGCCGAAGUACACCGACAAGUCCGCCAGUAUGCGCAAAAGAACAUUAAACCCGGACAGACCUUGACCGAGAUCGCGGAGGGCAUUGAAGAUGCCGUUCGUGCUUUGACGGGUCAUCAAGGUUUAGAAGAAGGAGAUAAUAUAAAGGGUGGAAUGGGUUUCCCUUGCGGUCUCAGUAUUAACCACUGCGCCGCUCAUUAUACGCCUAAUGCAGGCAACAAGAUGGUCCUGCAACAGGGGGAUGUUAUGAAGGUUGAUUUUGGUGCUCAUAUCAAUGGUCGGAUUGUUGACAGUGCUUUUACGAUGACUUUUGAUCCAGUCUAUGAUAAUCUUUUGGCUGCUGUCAAGGAUGCUACCAACACCGGUAUCCGGGAAGCCGGUAUCGAUGUCCGAAUGAGCGAUAUUGGAGCAGCCAUCCAAGAGGCUAUGGAGAGUUACGAAGUCGAGAUCAACGGAACCACAUACCCAGUCAAGGCAAUCCGUAACCUGAACGGACACAAUAUCGAGCAACACAUCAUCCACGGUGGCAAGAGUGUCCCCAUCGUCAAGGGUGGUGAUCAAACCAAGAUGGAGGAAGGCGAAGUUUUUGCCAUUGAGACCUUUGGAAGUACCGGAAAGGGUUAUGUGCGAGAUGAUAUGGAAACAUCCCACUACGCCAAAGUUUCAAACGCUCCGAGCGUGUCACUUCGCUUGUCCUCGGCAAAGAACUUGUUGAAUGUUAUUAACAAGAACUUCGGCACAUUACCAUUCUGUCGUCGAUAUCUUGAUCGACUUGGUCAAGACAAGUAUCUCCUGGGAUUGAAUAAUCUAGUAUCCGCUGGAAUUAUCCAGGACUACCCACCACUGUGCGAUAUAAAGGGCUCCUAUACCGCCCAAUAUGAACAUACCAUUGUACUCCGGCCAACGGUAAAAGAAAUUAUAAGUCGUGGCGACGAUUACUAA